AUGAUGGAUGAUGAGGAGGCUGAUUUGCGUGAACAAAUAUUUCACAAUAAUGUUAGGGAACAAAUUAUUUUCUUGCUGCUGUUUAUAUUAUUGUAUCUCUUUUCGUUUAUGCUGAUUGAGAAGUUCCGACGUCGAGAUAGCGAGGACUACUUCACAGCUGAUGAGGAUGAAGUUAAAGUGUACCGUAUCAGUCUAUGGUUGUGCACUUUUGCUUUAGCAGUUUCAUUGGGUUCUGCACUCCUGCUGCCAGUAUCAAUAGUCAGCAAUGAAGUGCUUAUUUUGUACCCAAAUAGUUACUAUGUUAAAUGGCUUAAUAGCUCUCUUAUACAAGGACUUUGGAACCAUGUAUUCCUGUUCUCAAACCUUUCAUUAUUUAUUUUUUUGCCUUUUGCAUAUUUGUUUUCUGAGUCAUCUGGAUUUCCUGGAUAUCGGGGACUGCGAGCAAGGGUGUAUGAGACAUUCAUAGUACUGGCUUUAUUAGGUGUUACAAUGCUAGGCUUAGCAUAUGUAAUAUCUGCAUGGUUUGAAGGAGACCGAUCCAGUAUUGAUGCUUUGCUAAAUUUAUGGACCUAUUUGCCUUUCUUGUAUUCCUGCGUGUCAUUUGUUGGUGUCUUAAUGCUACUUGUAUUCACUCCAUUGGGCUUCGUGCGUCUCUUCGGCGUCGUCGGCGGUGUGCUGGUGAAGCCACAGUUUCUUCGAGACCUGAACGAAGAGUACUAUGUGUACUCGUUUGAGGAGGAGACUAUUCGGCGCCGAAUAAAUACUUCAGUAGCCACAGGUGUCGGCUACAUUUCUCCUGAACCGAUGUACCCUGAUCGCGGGGACAUCUCGGCGCCAGUGGACGCCGACUUAUCCACGGCAAAAGAUGGCCGCGAACAAACACAAAGAGACACCACUUUUACCAAAGAGACGCCACUGCUCCGAUUAAGGAAUGGAGCUCUUCAAGCCGGUCUUAAUGAGAGGCUGCAGAAAGUUGUAGCUCUGAGAAAGGAAGUAGAGGACCAGCGUAAAACGUCGUCCUUUCAGCGCAAUGUAGUUUAUCCCCUGGCGAUGUUACUGCUGCUUGCGCUCACUACAAUCACGGUGCUUAUGGUGCUACAGAACACCCUGGAACUGCUUAUUGGCAUCAAAGCUUUGCCGCUUAGCACACGGCAAUUUACACUGGGCAUAGCGUCACUGUCGAAGCUCGGCUGGGCGGGUGCGACUCUGGAGGCGUUCCUGAUCCUGUACCUGCACGCGGCGUCGCUGACGGGGCUGAGCGCGCCGAUGCGAGCGCUGCGCCUGCUGCCGCGCGCGCAGCGCACCCCGCUCGCCAGGAUCAUAGCGCUGUGCGCGCUGCUGCUCGCGCACUCCACCGCGCAGCCGCUGCUCGUCAAGAUACUAGGCAUUACAAACUUCGAUUUGCUGGGCGAAUUCGGCCGUAUAGAGUGGUUGGGUAACUUCAAACUAGUGUUGCUCUACAACGCGAUCUUCGCCGCAACAGUGACGCUCUGCCUCGUGAGCAAGUUCACUGCCAGCGUGCGACGAGAGUUGUACAACAGGUUUAAAUGGAUUGCUGAUUUACUAACGUUGCCGGAAGAAGUCAAUGCUGUACCUACAGUUGCGCCUGUCACUCCCCGACUAUCCAUGGAGAGAACAAUAAGGAUCGAUAAGGCGGAACCAAUUCAGAAAAGUGAAGAACGCGUGAAAGCUGAAUAA